AAAAGGACCGAAGCUCGCCUUCUUUUCACAGGACGCUUAGCGGCGUUCAUUUAAAGCGACUCGAAGUAUCAAAAUAAAUAAAUAACUCAAUCAAUAAAUAUAAACAAAUGACUUUCUAGAUUGACAUACGGAGUGGACUUGAAAGUUGUCCCAAACUUCCCCGAGAGACUUUCUUGUUCUCACGGUGGACGUGUAGAGCGAGACAGCUGGCGUGCUAGCUGCUCGAAGCCGGUUCGCUUCUGUGUGCUGGUUGCGAACUUCACCACUGGAGUCAUCAUUAUGGGAUCUCGAGCGUCCACGUUACUUCGCGAGGAGGAAAUUGAGGAAAUCAAGAAAGAAACGGGCUUCUCGCACAGCCAGAUCACUCGUCUGUACAGCCGCUUCACCAGCCUGGAUAAAGGCGAGAACGGCACCCUCAGUCGAGAAGACUUCCAGAGGAUUCCGGAGUUGGCCAUCAAUCCUUUGGGUGACCGCAUCAUCAACGCCUUCUUCCCGGAAGGGGAGGACCAGGUGAACUUCCGAGGCUUCAUGCGCACGCUGGCACACUUUCGGCCCAUCGAGGACAGCGAGAAGAACAAGAACACCAGCACAAGCGAGCCGCUCAACAGCAGGACCAACAAGCUGUUGUUUGCUUUCCGUCUUUAUGACCUGGACAGAGACGACAAGAUUUCACGGGAUGAGCUGCUCCAGGUGUUAAGAAUGAUGGUUGGUGUGAACAUCUCUGACGAGCAGCUGGGGAGCAUCGCGGACAGAACCAUCCAGGAGGCCGACACGAACGGAGACAGCUCCAUUUCCUUCAACGAAUUCAUCAAGGUGCUGGAAAAGGUGGAUGUGGAGCAGAAAAUGAGCAUCCGCUUCCUGCACUGAUGACUUGAGUUUUUAUGUAGGAAUUGAUCAUCACGGCCGGACAUUUAGGUUUUUUUGUUUUGUUUUUUUGUAUUUUUUUUUUCCCCCUCUCUCCUCAGUCAGUCCCAAAAGCAGGCGACCGUGGUCCUCGCCUCCCCUGGAAAGCCGCUGUUUCAUGCCAAAAACCUUGGGAAACGUCUUUGUGCUGCUACACAUGCGCAUGUGCCUUGAUUUAGUUUUUUGGGUUUUUUGUUGUUUUCCUAUAUAUGCAAUUUCUUUCAUCCCAGUGGUGUGCGGCGCCUAAUUUCCUACUGUGAGGACCACGGUCGCUGCCGCUGUUCACACAGUACAAUCAAGAGUACUAAGCAAAAGGGGGCUAUUUUUAAUGCAUCCUUUUAAAGGCCCUGAUGCCAUUUUUUUUCUGAGCUUACAUGAAUUAGAGUACUGCCAAUCACUUCAAAUUACUCACUUCAGUGGUUAGGUGUUAGGAAGAAGCAUUUUACUACUGAUAUCACUUGAUGGUAAAAUGUGGACCAGCUUAAACUGAGGUAACAUGCUAUAUAUUUGUAUUUAAAGCAAUCUGUUGUCAUAGGACUAGUAUGCAUGACCAUGAUGCGUAGCAUUUGACUAAAUGUACUAACUCCACAUGCUAAAAUCAAAGUGUCUCCGCUGCAUUAAGGCUAAUCGAAUAAAAAUAGUGAAGUAGUUCAAAGCCUAGAGGUGCAUUGAUGCGGUGGAAUGAAACAAGACAUGUGACUUGAAAAAUAUUAAUCUUAAUAUAAUUUCUUAACAUCUGAUAGAGAUGUAUUUGAGUUCAAUAAAAGGAGGUGCCAUGUGUGGACUGUUACUUUUUGGAUGCU